GUGCGCAUCUGGAACGAGACGGUCUCCAACCUCACCCUGAUGGCGCUGGGCUCCUCGGCGCCCGAGAUCCUGCUCUCGGUCAUCGAGGUCUGCGGCCACAACUUCCAGGCGGGGGAGCUGGGGCCCGGCACCAUCGUGGGCAGCGCCGCCUUCAACAUGUUCGUGGUCAUCGCCGUCUGCGUCUACGUCAUCCCCAGCGGCGAGAGCCGCCGCAUCAAGCACCUGCGGGUCUUCUUCGUCACCGCCUCCUGGAGCAUCUUCGCCUACAUCUGGCUCUACCUGAUCCUGGCCGUCAUCUCGCCCGGCGUGGUGCAGGUGUGGGAGGCCCUCCUCACCCUCGUCUUCUUCCCCGUCUGCGUGGUCUUCGCCUGGGCGGCCGACAAGCGCCUCCUCUUCUACAAGUACGUCUACAAGCGCUACCGCGCCGACCCGCGCAGCGGCAUCAUCAUCGGCACCGAGGGCGAGCUGCCCAAGGGCAUCGAGCUGGACGGCGGCUUCCCCCCCGCCGAGCGCCGUGAGGCCGAAGGCUCCGCCGCCCCCAUCCCCGCCGCCCCCAUCCCCGCCGCCCCCAUCCCCGCCGCCCCCGCCGCCUCCUCGCCCGCCCUGCCCGCGCUGCCCACGGCCGAGGAGAAGGAGCUGGACGAGAGCCGCCGCGAGGUGAUCCAGAUCCUGAAGGAGCUGAAGCAGAAGCACCCCGAGAAGGAGCUGGAGCAGCUGGUGGAGAUGGCCAACUACUGCGCGCUGCUGCACCAGCAGAAGAGCCGCGCCUUCUACCGCAUCCAGGCCACGCGCAUGAUGACCGGCGCCGGCAACGUCCUCAAGAAGCACGUGGCCGAGUUCUCCAAGCGCUCCUCGGCGCUGCUGGAGGUGCCGUCGGACGCCGAGGACGAGGCGUGCAGCCGCAUCUUCUUCGAGCCCUGCGCCUACCACUGCCUGGAGAACUGCGGCUCGGUGACGCUGUCGGUGGCGUGCCAGCACGGCGCCGAGGCCAACCACACCUUCUACGUGGACUACAAGACGGAGGACGGCUCGGCCAAGGCGGGCUCCGACUACGAGUACAGCGAGGGGACGCUCAUCUUCAAGCCGGGCGAGACGCAGAAGGAGCUGCAGAUCGGCAUCAUCGACGACGACAUCUUCGAGGAGGACGAGCACUUCUUCGUGCGCCUGCUCAACCUGCGCGUGGGCGACGCCGAGGGCAUGUUCGAGGCCGACUCGGCCGAGCACCCCAAGGGCCGCCUGGUGACGCCGCUGGUGGCCACCGUCACCAUCCUGGACGACGACCACGCCGGCAUCUUCGCCUUCCAGGACCGGCUGCUGCACGUCAGCGAGUGCCAGGGCGCCCUGGAGGCCACGGUGCUGCGCGGCUCCGGCGCCCGCGGCACCGUGCUGCUGCCCUACCGCACCGUGGAGGGCACGGCGCGCGGCGGCGGCGUCGACUACGAGGACGCCUGCGGGGAGCUCGAGUUCCGCAACGACGAGACGGCGUGAGUGCGCCCGCCGCUGCCCGGCCU